AUGAUAGUUGCAGACGAGCUUCUGAUGCAUGAAUCAGUGAGGCAGUACCUUGUUGACUCUCUCUCUUGUGGGAAUGAGUUUGUAUUCACACGUCACUUCGGCCAUGGUCAUAUUGGAAGUGUGCUGGAGGUUCUUUCUGCUCACUUUGUACUCUCACUUUCAGAUGACCAAGCAUUUAAUAAUUUCAUUGAUAGAUUAUUUUGGCUUCCUAACAAUAACUUCAGAGUUCCAGAAAUGACUUUGACUACAGCCUUGUCAUUGUUUCUUAACCCCGUCCUGUUGUCCGUACCCAAAAUGUUUGAGGCAUAUCUGAUUUUAUUGGUUUCCGAAGUCAUUGAAAUUAGCAUGUCUUCUGAGCAUUUGAUUUCAAGCAGUGAACUAAGAGCAUACCUAUCAGCAUUUGAAAGGUCAGUUGCCUUGUACACCAGACACAUGUCCAAUAUGCAGACGGAAGGCUACCCCAUAGCAGGCGAUGAUUCUUUUUUGAAAUCACGUUUUCGUGCAAGUUACAGUCAGAUGGAUUUUGAUUCUUGUCUUUUACCAGCUACAAAAGAGAAAAUUCAUAAUCUGAUCGCUAAAUUUGAUAAUUCAUGGAAUUCAUAUUUAAGCAGUGCAUUACUAAAAGAAAGGUCGGAGUUAGUUGCUGCCUCUGUUGCAUACACAAAAGAGAGCCUUCAUUCAUCAAGAUAUUUGUCUUCUAUCAUCCAUAUUGAAGCUAAUGAGUUUUGCUAUGUGACAAGCCAUAAGGAUUCUAACACAAGGCGGAAAUUCAGGGUCUUUGAAACAUCUGAAAAUGUUGCAUUAAGUAAGGAAUAUGAUCUUUUGGUUGCUACUUUCAAUUGUUUUCAGCAGCUUGGUAUACGCUUUCCAGUUCAGAAGUUCUUACAUGACAUGAUGGAAAUUCAGCCAACAAGGCAUAAGAAGUCAAAAUGGAUGUUCCUUCAUUUCUCAGGCUUGUUGUCACUAAGUCAUGUCAGUGGGCUUGAUUUUCUGGUUAAGAACUGCAUAUUUACAUUGAUAAUACUGUUGAAGUUAUUUGUUUAUGAAGCGAGUGAUCUCCAUGCAUUUGGAUCCUUAUUAGACUCAAGGGUAAAAUCUUCAUCACAUAAAUCGCGUGUUAAAGUCAGAAAAUCUGAACCUUCCCAUAAUACUAGAGAGCUUCUCGUGGAUCGGAAAUGUAGCCAAGCUGUUGCACUAAAAUUCCAGAAAAUUCGGACACUGUACUUGGGAACUAGAUCUCAGACAAGUUCUAAAAAUAGAGCUCAAGAGCAGGAACCAGGAAGUUUAGAGAAAAAUCAUGUUGAAUCGGCUCUCAGCAUAGAAGAGACUACUGGUGAAACUUGCAACGGUGAGAUUUUUCUCAGAUGCGUUUUACAAGGCUCCCUGGACUCAUCUGCUGUUGCGGAUUUAGCCGACUUCAUCGAGUGCAAGCAAGGAAAAGAUUAUUCUGAAUGGCUGAAGAAUCGAGAAAAAUUAAGACGAUGGAAAUCGGAGAAAUUGGAGAACUUCAGGUGGAAGAAAAGGAGAAGAGCUUUUCAGAAGAAAGCAUAGUUAUUUCUGCUUGGCUUAAAGGCUCA